ACAAUUUGAGUAUCUCAUGACACGUGGAUGAAAGUUGAUAUGUAAACACCGGAAAUCACCUUAGAGGAGAAAAUGCAUUGCAUGACAGUACACACACUGGCACUCUGCCUCUGCAAAUUCGCUUCUGAUGCUAUGCUCCCCAGUCCCCACUACUCUCUUUUUGUCCUUACUUGCUGCUCACAUCACACGUUCCGCUCCUAUAUAGAGGCUAGCUAUUUUCAUUUUCAUCUCAUAACACCCUUUCGCAUUCCCCUCUUCUCUCCCUCUCUGAUUCCAACAAAGGGUUGCUCUGCAACUCAGACUCAGAGGCAGAGCAUGGAGGACGGGUUUCCUCAAGCGCUGGAUCAUAACGAGGUUGUUGACAGAGAUUACAAGGUUGAUGAGCCGGUGAAGAAGAGUGAGCCUAGAGUGGUUAUGCCUAAGUGUCAUCCUGAAGAGUUCGAAGAAUACACUGAUAUGAUUAUGGCACGCAUGGAGGAUGAGUGCCUAGCCAUCCCUUUGACGGAGGAGGAUUUCGACUUUACGGUCAAUGCACACAGCCAUCUCCCGGUCAUGUUCUACAAGUAUGGGUGCGAAGACCUGGUGGAGGAGUACCAAGCUGCCGCCUAUGUUUAAUGCCUCGGAGGAGGAGGACUUUGCUCUGCAGUUUGAUAUUCCACACUACCCUGCUAUUCUCUUCUUCGUGGAUGAUCCCAUGACCAAGUAAAAUCUCUUCUAUUUUCCUUUGGUUUUAAUUUUAAUUUUAUUAAAUUACUAACUCUGUUUUUUCUCUUCUAUUCUCUAACCAGUUCUGCUUCUUCUUCCAAAUGAUCUCCGAUAGUAUUAUGUUAAGAGCGGAAUUUUCAUGCUAAACGAAAAGAAACUAUAUGAUUUCAUUGGAAUUCUUUUUUUUUUCAUCUAGUUUUUUCUUUGGGAUCGAAGUCCCUUCUCUACUUUUCCUUUUUCCAUUGAACUGUACUGCUAUCUCAUUUAGUCAAAUAAAAAACUAAUAACAAUC